AUGAAGGGGGCCGCCCCUGCCAAGGUCUCUGCGGUUCCGGCCAAAGCCGGCAAACCCGCAAGGGCGGAGGCUCCGGCGAACGUGCAUUAUACCGAUAUCCCCGUUUCCAACAUGCGCGCCGUCAUCGCGAAGCGGCUGCACGAGUCGAAGAACCUGGAGAUCCCGCACUACUACCUCCACGACACCUGCUGUGUGGAUAACAUGAUGGCGCUAAUUAAGCAGCUUAACGCCAAGGGCAAUGGGGAGUACAAGAUCACCGUGAACGACUACAUUAUUAAGGCGGUUGCCAGGGCCAAUAUGCUGACGCCUGAGGUCAACGCCUCCUGGCAGGGGAGCGUGAUUCGUCAGUACCACACCGUGGACGUCUCGGUCGCAGUGGCCACCCCAUCUGGUCUUAUCACCCCGAUCAUAUUUAAUGCGCACGCCAAGGGUCUCGUGCAGAUCUCGAAGGAUAUGAAGAUUUUGGCGAAGAAGGCGCGCGAUAAUGCCCUGCAGCCGAAUGAAUUCCAGGGCGGGACUUGCUCCGUUUCCAACCUCGGCGCUACCGGCAUUCCAGGCUUCUCCGCGAUUGUGAACCCGCCGCAGGCGAUGAUUUUGGCUAUCGGUUCCGCCAAACCGCGGCCGAAGAUUGUGAAAAACGAGGAAUCCGGUGCGUUUGAGAUGAUGGGAACUGUCGAAAUGGCGGUUGAAUUUACUGCUUCCUUUGAUCACCGUGUAGUGGAUGGUGCAAUGGGCGCGAAAUGGUUCCAGGGAUUCCACGACGCGAUCGAAAACCCGCUCUCUCUCCUCCUUUAA